AUGGUCUCUGCAUUUGAAGAUCACGUGGCUGCUGUCACUAGAAACUACUACGUCAACCCACGUCUCGACUACAGAACCGUGACUGGUGUCAACGGUCCAUUGGUCAUUCUCGAGAACAUCAAGGGACCAAAGUUCUCAGAGAUUGUCACUUUGACUUUGGGCGAUGGCACUCAGAGAAAGGGACAGGUGCUGGAGAUCAGUGGCAAGAGAGCCGUCGUACAGGUGUUCGAGGGUACCAUCGGUAUCGAUGCCAAGCACACCCGUUGUGAGUUCUCUGGUGACAUUCUCAAGAUGCCAGUCAGUGAGGACUCUUUGGGCCGUAUCUUCAACGGUUCCGGUAGACCAGUCGACAAGGGUCCACCCGUCCUUGCCGAGGACUACCUGGAUAUCCAGGGUCAGCCAAUCAACCCAUCCGUCAGAGUGUACCCAAGAGAGAUGAUUCAAACCGGUAUCUCUGCCAUCGACACCAUGAACUCCGUGGCUCGUGGCCAGAAGAUUCCAAUUUUCUCUGCUGCCGGUCUUCCACAUAAUGAGAUUGCCGCCCAAAUCUGUCGUCAAGCAGGUCUGGUCAAGAGAUCUGGAAAGGGUGUCAACGACGACCAUGAUGACAACUUUGCCAUUGUGUUCGCAGCUAUGGGUGUUAACAUGGAGACUGCCUCCUUCUUCAAGAGAGACUUUGAGGAGUCUGGUUCAAUGGAGAGAACCACCCUGUUCCUCAACUUGGCCGAUCACCCAACGAUCGAGCGUAUCAUUACCCCACGUCUGGCCCUGACCACCGCCGAGUACUUGGCCUACCAGUGCGAGAAGCACGUGUUGGUCAUCUUGACUGACAUGUCGUCGUACGCCGACGCUCUUCGUGAGGUGUCUGCCGCCCGUGAGGAGGUGCCAGGUCGUCGUGGUUACCCAGGUUACAUGUAUACUGAUCUUUCCACCAUCUACGAGCGUGCCGGACGUAUCGCUGGCCGUAACGGAUCGAUCACUCAGAUCCCUAUCUUGACAAUGCCCAACGACGAUAUUACCCAUCCAAUCCCCGAUCUGACUGGAUACAUUACAGAGGGACAGAUCUACGUCGAUCGUCAGAUCAACAACAGACAGAUCUACCCACCCAUCAACGUGCUGCCAUCGCUGUCUCGUCUAAUGAAGUCGGCUAUCGGUGACGACAUGACCCGUGGCGACCACUCUGAGGUCUCCAACCAGAUGUAUGCCAACUACGCCAUCGGCAAGGAUGUCCAGGCCAUGAAGGCCGUCGUCGGAGAGGAGGCUCUUUCCUCGGAGGACAAGCUGUACCUGGAGUUCUUGGAGAAGUUCGAGGGCAAAUUCAUCCAGCAGAAUCACUACGACAACAGAGACAUCUUUACCAGUUUGGAGAUUGGUUGGUCGUUGCUGCGUACCUUCCCACCCACCCUGCUCAAGCGUAUCACCGACAAGACCAUCAAGGAGUACUAUUCACGUCAAGGCAGUGACAAGGGUACCGUCGACAGCUCAUAA